UUAUGACACACGAGAUAGAAAAUAUAAUCUAAACCUAAUUCAACACCUUUUAAUUGACAAAUUCCUCCUUCUUCCAAAGGGUAAAAAGGAAAAAAAUAAAUAGGAUUUUCUGUACGAACAAGCACGCCUUUGCACUGACACAACUGGUUUCAAAAGACAAGUCCUUUUCAGAGAAACAAACACUUUUCACAGAUUAAGCUAAGCGCCUAGGACUAGUUACCGAACAUAAACGACAACACCACCUUAAUUGAUUUGCCCUCCCCCGCACCCCCCCCUCCCCCAAAGAAAAAAAAAAAACCUACCGAAUCAUAACUGAAAAUACCAAACAAUAUCACAAAAUGGCGGGAGGGUUUAACUAGAAAGCUUAAACUUGUGUAAGAAUGGUGAUAAAGCUUCUCACUUUCUUUCAUAGGCAAGUUUCUGUUUCUCUUACUAGGAGGAAGUCUUACCUUCAAUGGAGAUGUCUUUCUUACACUAUCAACCACCCUUUUGAAUACCCUUCAAUGGACCAUACUUUAGCUUCAGUGCAUUCAAUUGCUUCAAACCCGUGUUUUGCUCUCCUGGGUUUUUGCAAAAACAUCGAUUCUCUCAAGAAAGUCCACGCUUUGUUCAUUAUAAAUGGCCUCAAAGGUGAUCUUUUAUGUGACACCAAAUUGGUUAGCCUGUAUGGAUCAUUUGGGCAUGUUGGUUAUGCCCGGUGUAUGUUUGAUCGAAUUCCUGACCCAGAUUUUUAUUCCUGGAAAGUGAUGAUCAGAUGGUAUUUUUUGAACGAUUUGUAUAUGGAGAUUAUUGGGUUUUAUGCUCGUAUGAGAAUGAGGGUUAGAACGUGUGAUAAUGUUGUCUUUUCGGUUGUGUUAAAGGCAUGCACCGAAUUGCGGGAUAUUGAUGAAGGGAGGAAAAUACAUAGCAAUAUUGUCAAGGUAGGAAAUCCUGAUAGUUUUGUUCAAACUGGUCUUGUUGAUAUGUACGCUAAAUGUGGAGAAAUCGAAUGUUCUCGUAAGGUUUUCAGUGAAAUUCUUCAUAGAAAUGUGGUUUCUUGGACUUCGAUGAUUGCAGGGUAUGUACAAAACAAUUGCGCUAAAGAAGCGUUGGUUUUGUUUAAUAGGAUGAGAGAAGCAAUGGUUGAGAGUAAUCAAUUCACGUUAGGGAGCUUAGUGACUGCUUGUGGAAAGUUAGGGGCUUUGCAUCAGGGGAAAUGGGUGCAUGGAUAUGUUAUUAAGAACGGUAUUGAACUUAAUUCCUAUAUGGUGACUGCUAUUUUAGACAUGUAUGUUAAGUGUGGCAGUAUAAGAGAUGCCCGUUCUGUAUUUGACAAUCUUUCUUCUGUUGAUCUUGUCUCAUGGACCGCAAUGAUUGUUGGAUAUUCUCAGAAUGGAUUCCCUGAUGAGGCUUUGAAGUUGUUCAUUGAUAAGAAAAGUUUUGGGAUAUUGCCCAAUUCCGUUACCAUUGCAACUUUGCUUUCAGCAUGUGCACAGUUGAGCAAUUUGAGUUUUGGAAGGUUAGUUCAUUCUUUGGGGAUUCAGCUCGGACUUCAGGAUCCAACAGUGAUAAAUGCUCUAGUGGACAUGUAUGCAAAGUGUGGAAUGAUUAGAGAUGCUAGGUACAUAUUUGAGACAGUCUCAGACAAGAAUUUAAUUGCCUGGAACUCAAUCAUUUCUGGUUAUUCACAAAAUGGGUCUACAUAUGAAGCCCUUGAACUGUUUAAUCAAAUGAGGUCAAAAUCUGUAUCACCUGAUGCUGUCACACUGGUUAGCAUCUUCUCAGCCUGUGCUUCACUUGGUGCUGUCCAUGUUGGUUCUUCUCUUCAUGCUUACUCUAUAAAAGAUGGCCUAUUAUCUUCUAGUGUUUAUGUUGGCACUGCACUUUUGAAUUUCUAUGCCAAAUGUGGGGAUUCUAAAUCUGCUCGUGUCAUAUUUGACAAUAUGGGAGAGAAAAACAGUGUCACAUGGAGUGCAAUGAUUGGUGGUUAUGGAAUUCAAGGGGACAGUUGUGGGUCCCUUGCACUUUUUAGUGAUAUGGUUAAGGAAAACUUGGAGCCAAAUGAAGUAAUCUUCACAACCAUUUUAUCCACCUGUAGCCAUACAGGGAGGCUGGGGGAAGGAUGGAAAUAUUUUAAUUCAAUGUGCCAGGACUAUAAAUUUGUUCCUUCCAUGAAGCACUAUGUAUGCAUAAUUGAUAUGUUGGCCCGUGCUGGAAGGCUUGAAGAAGCCUUGGAUUUUAUUGACAAAUUGCCUAUUCAACCAGAUCUUAGUUUGUUUGGAGCUUUUCUUCAUGGAUGUGGACUUCAUUCAAGAUUUGAUCUAGGAGAGAUGGCUGUCAAGAAAAUGCUAGAUUUACAUCCUGAUAAGGCUUGUUAUUAUGUGCUUAUUUCUAACUUAUAUGCCUUAGAUGGAAGAUGGAAUCAGGUUAAUCAGGUAAGAGAACUGAUGAAGCAGAGAGGAUUGAGCAAGAACCCUGGUUAUAGCAUCACAGAGAUGGAUACUAAUAAAGACCUUUCAUUUUCUAGAGUAGCAUGUCUUGCUUAGUCUUUUUACAUGCAUCCUUGGAAUCGAUAGGAUCUUAUUGGUAAAACUGAAGGUAAUCAGGGACUGCAUUGAACUUAUGAAGGUUCUCUUAAGGAAAUGUUGAAUUCUGGAUGUUGGUUUGUACUAGAACUUGUGGCUGGUUCAAGUUGAAAAUGUCCUGAGUACAGAUUUCGAAUAGCUCGAAUCUUCAUGGGUACAUCUUAGAUUUGGGCAACGAAACUCAUGGCCAGAAAUUAAGGUAGACUGGGAAGG